AUGAAGUUCUCCGAAAUGAGCCUGGUGCCCACCCCGGGCAGGGCAAACACGAUACUCAUCCGGUCCAUGUCCUUCUUGUUCACCUACUUUGGGGCAUUAUGUGUGGGAUACUUUCUCGCGGCGGCGGCAUUAGGAGGAGUACGGUGGAUAUCGCACCCGGUGUCCAUCGUAAUAGAGUGCCUCGGAGCAAUCGAGACGCUGUGGUAUUUCUGUUGGUUCCUACCCUACAGGGAGCAUCUACAACGUCGAACGAACGGGGCUAUGCUGAAACCACCACCGCUCACACAGGAAGAGAGGGCGGCCUUCUUCUCGAAAUGUCUUUCUCUGAUCCCGGACAUGGAGACGUUUAUCCGGAAGUGGUGCCAGAAUGCUCAUUUGGACGACGUCCGACGGGAUAACGUCAAGGACUGGCUGCUCUGGGGACUCUUUGACCGCGAGGGCCCGCCGGGCGACGACGACGAGGAGCUGGAGCACUACAUCAUGCAGGCCGAGACCAAGCUGGGCUGGGAGAUCAAGAAGGGCAGAGGAGACUGCGAGGCCAUCAAGAUCAGCUUUGACGAAGUGCUGAUGGACCACCGCAGUCUGUUUUACUACACCAUGAUAGGGUUCGUCGACAUCCUGACCACCGUCGGCAUGUACAUGCUCGGCUUCAGCUUCUACCGGACCAAGAUGUCCAACUUUUUCAAGAUCUUCCCGUUCCGACCUCUGGGGCUGCUGGGUUGGAACGAAUCGGCGGCGCGCGACCACAUGAGCUACUUUUGCCGGCCGCACAAAUCCAAGACGCAGCGGCCCAUCCUCUUCAUCCACGGCGUCGGCGCCGGCCUCUUUCCUUACCUCAACUACUUUCGCACAAUCCCACGCGACGUGGGCGUCAUCGCCAUCGAGCUCCUCCCCAUCUCGUCCCGCAUCAGCCCGCCGCUGCCGAGCGCGGCCGAGAUGACCAUGUCCAUCGCGGCGAUCCUGGAGCAGCAGGGCCCGGCCUUCAACGACGUGGUGCUGGUGGCCAACAGCUACGGCACGUUCCUGACGACGCCGCUGCUGCUCUCGCCGCACGUCGCGCCCAAGAUCAGCUCCCUGGUCCUGGUCGACCCCGUCGCGUUCCUGCUGCACCUGCCCGACGUCGCCUACAACUUCACGCGCCGCAAGCCCAAGCGCUUCAUGGCCAACCACUGGGAGAUGCACAUGGUGGCGCGCGACCCGAACCUGGCCCACACGCUCGGCCGCCGCCUCUCGUGGCGCGACCACAUCCUCUGGCGCGAGCUGCUGCUGCACUCGUCGCCGGCGCAAGGGGACGGGGCCGGCGGCGUCGGGUCGGGAGAGGUGGCCGUGUCGGGCGCGGAGGCGGGGACCCGCCCGGCGGCGACGAGCGGGAGGCGCACGACGGUCAUCAUCGGCGAGAGGGACUGCAUCGUGGACGCGGCGGCGGUGGCGAGCUACGUCGAGUACGACACGGCCGAGGCGACGCCCAUGGACCUGGCGACGUUUGCCGCGUCGGAGAAGUGGUGGAACGGCUCCCGCCCCAUCGAGCUCGUCUGGCUGCCGGGCGAGGACCACGGCAGCGCCUUCCUCAAGCCGUCCAAGGUCCCGACCGUCGUGCGCGUCGUCAGCAGGUACUGCAACAAGGACUUUGGCUUCGUCGAGCGCGAGCUCAAGGACGGCAGCCGGCUCGGGACCAGCCGCACCGAGGUGCCCGACGACGACUACGACCUCGAGGAGCAGCGCAGGGACAAGCCGGGCUCGUCGGGCGAGACCAUGUGUUGA